UCUUUGAUCAACAGCAGAGUGAGUUUUCAGUUUGCUUUCAGUUUGUCCAGAGAAACUAUUUUGGAAAGUUAUAAAGAAAUCAUUUAGCAAAGACUUGGUGAUUUUAUAUUGAGGAAGAUGGAGCUUUUUGCUGUGUUUCUGUUCCUCCUUUGUGCCUCUCAGGAUUCUUUGGCUGUGACAGUGGAGGUUCAGGAGGGAGAACCGUCUGUCGUUCUGCCCUGCCACAUCAGCAAGAUAUUAGAAGAGAUUGUUACAGUGAAAUGGAGCCGCUUUGAUCUCAAUCCCAAUAACGUCCAUCAACGGCGAGAAGCUGACGACCUACAUGGACAAAAUCAGGUUUUCAGAGGAAGAACUUCAAUGAUACCUGAUGCUCUGGACUCUGGUGACUUCAGCCUCACUCUGAGAGAGCCUCAACUUUUAGACAGCGGCAUCUACAUCUGCAGCAUGACUGAGAAUCAAGAGGAAACAGCUCUGUCUGGUGUUCAGCUGCAUGUCAAAGCCUCUCAGGAUUCUUUAGAUGUGUCUCUGGAUGUUUAUCAGGGGGAUUCAUCUGUUGUUCUGCCCUGCCAGAACAGCCAAUCAUCAGAAGGGAUUCUCACAGUGAAAUGGAGUCGCUUUGACCUCAACCCCAACACUGUCCAUCUACGGCGAGAAGGAGACGACCUACAAGCUCAAAAUGUUCUUUUCAGUGGACGAACAUCAAUGAGGUCUGAUGCUGUAGAUGUUGGUGAUUUCAGCCUCACUCUGAGAGAACCUCAACUUUUAGACAGCGGUGUCUACAUCUGCAGUAUUCAUCAGGAGACAGAAGAAAAAAUGCUGUCAGGCAUUCGGCUGAAUGUUAAAGAGAUUUUUCCAACUUGGGCUAGAAUUUUCCUGGUUCUGUUGGUUCUACUUCUUGUUUCUGGAGGCCUUUUAUUUCAUUUCCAACAUUAUUUAAUAUCAGUCUACAGGGUGGAGGUGGAUUCAGGAGAGGAGUCUGUUCUGCUGCCAUUUAAAACUGCAGCCUGUCUGUCUAAAGACGUCACAGUAACAUGGAGACACAACACUGGCAGGAUGGUCCAUGGGUGUUACAGGGAGGUCUUUAUGUGUUCUGUGGAUUUUGAGAACUGGCCUGUUCAACACUAUAAGUAUAAAGACAGAACAAAGAUUGUGAAAGAAGGUAAAUUUGGAGACUACAGUUUGAUCCUGAAGAAACCAACAGACAGAGACACAGGAACCUACAGCUGCACCGUUUACGAUUACUGGUCAGACAAAAUCCUGAUCAUGAAACAGGUGCUGCUUGAUGUCAAAGCUGGACCUGACUCUCUCAUCAUAGCCAUAGACUUUGGUUCAGGAUUCAGUGGCUACGCCUUCAAUGUUAAACCCAGAGAGGAAGGAGGUGAGACCCAGAUAAAGAGAUGGAGUAAUGGACUUGGACUAGACACCCCAAAGACUCCAACCUGCAUCCUGUUUGAUGAACAUGGAGAAUUUAUGAAGUUUGGUUAUGAAGCUAAAACAGCAUUUAAUAAUAUGAGAGGAGAAGAAACUAAGAAACAUUAUUUUUUUGAAGACUUCAAGUGGAAUGUCCUUAACAUGAGAUACUGGAGGCAGAGAACCUUCACAGACAACAAUAACUGGAUGUUGACCCUGGAGGUUUUUACUGAAGUUCUGAGAUUCCUGAAGGACGAUGCUCUGAAAACCAUCAGAUCUCAACCAGAAGGUGGAAAGUUCACUGCAUCUGAAUUCACCUGGGUGCUGACUGUUCCUGACAUCUUAAAGGAUUCCACUAAAGAGCUCAUAAUAAAAUCUGCAGCUCUGGCUGGUCUUGUAACAGACGACACUAAAAGCAAAGUGAUGGUUGUUUUGGAGUCAGAAGCAGCUUUGACCUGGUGUUUGAAGCUUCAACCUGAUGGUUUCAUCACACAGAACCACAGCAGAGACUCACAGGAUCAACCUGCAGGAGCAGCAGAACCUGAUACCAGCUGUAACGAUCCAGCAGGAAGUCAGGAGGCCGUACAGUUUACUGUGGAACCAGAAGAAACCAAAGUUCUGCUGGAGACCCAAAGAGACGGGAAACGGUACCUUGUUGUCGACUGUGGAGCUUACAGUCACUUCACUGUUCAUGAAGUCCUGGAAGGAGGAGCCAUGAAGAAGCUGCACAAUGACUCUAGGUACUAUCUGGGAGGAAGAAAUGUGGAUGAAAAAUUCAAACAGUUCCUGAGAGAAAUUUUCUCCUAUGAAGUCUGGAGGGAAUAUGAGGAAAAAUUCCCCAAAGAGGUUCAGAAGAUGAUGUAUGAUUUUACUCGCCUCAAACAUUUAGGUGAAGAUAUUCAAAUCAGUUGCCCAGGUAACCUGGUCAUGUUGGCUCAGAAAAAGAAAGAGAUUAAAACGUUCUUUGAUUCAGUGGAAGGAGCUUCCUGGGAUGAUGGAUCUAUCAGAAUCUCCCGAGAAAAACUCAAAUCUUUCUAUGAUAAGAGUCUGCAGGGAAUCACCGGGAAACUCAGAGAAAUAUUAAACAAAGAUUUCAACAUUGGUUAUAUUGUGUUAGUGGGAGGAUUUGCUGAGAGCCAGAUUCUACAUCAGAACAUCACUGAUCAGUUUGGACCUCAGUAUAAAGUCCUGUGUCCUCUUAGACCUCAGGAAGCGAUCCUGAAAGGAGCCGUAGAGUUGGGGAGAAACCCAAAGUUGGUGGAGUCUUAGAGAAAACAUCCAGCUUGGUUCAAAUGUUUAUCAUGAGAUUUAAUUCUCUUUUUUUGUUCUGAAUAAUCCAGACAAUGUGCAUAGUUUGUUUUCUGUA